GGAGGCUCAGACGAACAAAGACGGGGACGAUGGGGACGACGGAGCUGUUAGCUACCAGAGGCUGUCUGUCAUAUGUGCUUUGACCUUGACCUUGCCCUUGGUUUCAACUUCGUCCGUUCUUCUUCUCUCUCUCUCUCUCUUCUUUCGCAUUGGUUUUCCGUCUCCAUGACAUUGUUUUAGCGACAGGCACUAGUCCAAGUCACUCGUUAUGGACUCGUGAACAAUGCUGCAGAGCGGGCUCUUGCGGUGCUCUCUACUCAUCGCGCUGGGCACGAUAGGGAUAUGGGCUAACGAGCAUGCUAGGGGACAUGUGGAGUUAACAUCACAUCGAGUGGCUCGAGUGCCACGAGGAGAAGAAUCAUUAUUCAGAAAGAAUUGCUUCUACCGUGCCGUUGUCGAAGAGGAUAAGGAAAUUAAGAGACUUAUAAUAGAAGAGAUACCAGAAGCCACACAGAGGAGAAGAAGUCCCAAAGAGCAGGCAGCUCCGGCUUUGAUAAUACCUCAACCUACACCACCACCGCCACCGCCGCCGCAGAAACGCCAAGACGAUGGCCAAAUCCAAGCGCUCUCCCAACAGCUCCGAUCGCUGUCGGAAUCCGCGACCCGCGCGAUAUCAUCCGUAUCGUCCAGCGCCUCCUCAGCCAUGAGCCUCGCGUCGCAAUCCGCGCAGUCCGUGCAGCAGUCGGCCGACCAGGCGGUCCGGGCCGCCAGCCAGAGCGCCGACGAGGCCAGCCGGCAGCUGGCGCAGACGCAGUCGUCGGCCGCCAGCGCCGUCUCCGCGGCGAGCGCGCGCGCGAGCGACGACCUCGCGCGGUCGCUGGCGAGCAUGAGCAGCCGGAUCUCGUCCAACUUGGCUAGCGUCCAGAGCAGCGCCAGCAGCAUGAUCAGCGCCGCGCGGGCAGAGGCAAGCUCGAGCGCGGCGAGCGCGGUCAACAUAGCCGCAAGCAAAAUCCAGGAGGCGAGGGCCGGUGCAAGCGGCGUCAGGACCGAUGUGAAUCCUGCCGUAUCGCAAGUACAAUCCGACUCGAUUUCAGGCACCAACCUCGCCAUCAUAGUGACUGUGUCGGUGGUCGGCACGGCUAUAUUGACAGCCAUAGCUUCGUACUUCGUUGUGCGCUACCGACGGAAGAGAAGACGCGAGCGGCAGCCGCUAGCCGCAGCAGCAGUAAACCACAACGAGAGCCAGUACGACAAGUACGAGAAGCCGAUCGCGGUACGCGGGACGAUAGGGACCCCGCGUUUUACGCCCUUUGGCGGCGGGACCGGCUACCCGAUGGACAAGUUCAAGCUUCCGGACUUGGGCCUGAGUCCGUUCCUGCGGAAGAAGACCAACGAGGAGAUCCCAGGCGAGAUCGGCUUUGCGAAGAGCGCGUACAGCAGUAGCAAUAGCAAUAACGACGGCGGGGUGUCUGUCAGCGGCGAUGUGUACGGUGUUUCGCCCGCGAGCUUCAGGCUGCAGAAGGAUAAUAGCAUCAAGAGCGCAACAAGUGUGCGGCUUAUUAGAGUAGGCAGCAACAACAGUAAAGGGAAAGAAAAAGCCAAAGAAGAGGAUCAGAAAGCUCUCCUUAGUCCUAUCCUCUCCCCCGCACCGUCGCUUCCCAGAGAGACGCCAACGCCAACGCCAACAGUACCGAGCGCACCAGUCACAGUAUCACCGGCGCCUCCGCCAGAGCCCAUUUCGCCCGUUUCGCCAACCUCUCCGGUAUCGCCCGUAGAGUCGGAUAUCGCAGAACCGCGACGGGCAGCUACGCGGCCUGUCCGAAACCCGGAACCGGUAGAGAAGGAGGAGCCGGUUUUAAGUCCUACUACCAUACCCACUACCACAAUGACCAGCCAGAACCGGCUCCGUUUCCGGGACAGCAGCGAGGUGGAAUCGGCCGAGCCCUCGCCGGUAAAUUGGCGAUUAUCAUCGGCGCGUGCCGCCGCCGCAACAAACUUGAUGCGGAACACGAACGCGAACACGAACACGUCCAGCUUGCGAACGACAACAACAACUACAAGCCCUGGUGGCAGCGACAGCGGCCAGUCACCGCCUAGGCGCCCCAAGAACGCAGGUGCCAGCUUUGCUACAUUUCCCAAGGUGCGCAACGGCCCGCCGAGAGGCUCUACCGCCGAGGCUAUCUUGAACAGAAACCGCGCGGGUAUAAACAGCGUCACGGCACGGCUGCGCGAGGAAGCAGAGCGUCGACAGCGCGAGCUAGCGGAGGCCGGUGGUGGCGGCAAUGGCAAUGCGGCGAGGACGAGCAGGGACGGGCCCGCGGAGGCUCGGAGCCCGAACUGGCCUUUUGGAAGUACGCAAAUCGGGGCGAAGGAAGUUGGUAGGGGGUAAGGACAAGGCUAAUAAUGGAUGUAGGUAGGUAGGUAGUUAAAGAGUGGGUGAGUGAGCAAGGGGGUUUAGGGAGUAGUCGAUAAUGUCUUUGUGUUUUGAUAUGCGAUGAUGGGAUAUUUACUUUCCAACCUUAU